AUGCGUCUUGGACGAGCCGUAUGGCUCACCUGCUCCUCAGCAGGACUAGCCUUUGCCCUAUUCUUCCUCUUUCUCUGUGUGAUUGCCAUGUGUAGAAAUGAGUGGAGUGAAUUUGUGGUCAGCUAUCAACUCAUUCAGCCGUCCUACACUUAUGUGACUCGAUCGCGCGGUCUGUGGCGUGAAUGUUCCAAUACGGUUUCUGGCAAUUAUGUCGGCUACUGUGCCGACACCUUUCUCUGGGGUGACAGGUCGCAAUACAACAAAGGAAUUGAACCCAUAUUAAUUAUGCGCAUGACCACUGGACUGCUACAACUGACUGUCAGUUGCGCUACUCUGCUCACAAUGAUCAUCGCUGGAGCAAUUCUAGCAGAUGUUUCACGACGUCCAUAUAAAUGGGGUCAUCGAUCGGGGCAGUACACUGUUAUUGUUGCCGGUGCAUUGAUGUGGUUUUUCGCUACUGCCUAUUUCGUCAGUAUCUUACUUCACUACGGAGCAAUGGAUGCGGAGAACUACAGAUAUGACAGCAAUUACAUCAACACCCGAUCUGCUUGGACUACAGAUCUACGUCAAGCAACAUUUUAUCAACCCGGAAGCAUGUUGAUUUUGGUCUACGCGGCUGAUAUUCUUCUCUAUUUGUCCAGUGCUUGCUUCUUGCUUACCGCUUCUCUGCACAAACCACCCAUCAUCGAAAGAUCGCCAAUAAAAAUUGUCCCCAUAGCAUGA